GUCAUUAUUGUCAUAUGUCAAUCAAAACGUUGAUAUUGACAACACAAUAAUUUAUUAUUUUAUAAAUUAUAUUCUGUUGGAAAAAUUCUUCAAAAGUAGUUGUUUAUCCUUCCGGAAGCCUUCGAAUCGAUUAUUUCCGUCCUACAUUUAAAAAAUGUAUAUUUUUAAAAGAAUGGUGUAAAUUGUAUAAAUGUUAUAUUCAUCAACAAUAUUCUAACCUGCCUUGAAAAUGUCAUACCAAUUUUCCUUGGCGAACGGAAAACAAAAACGAUUUUCUAUCGACGAUGCGUUUGAAGAAGAAACAGAUGAAGCUAUUAAAGUAUACGGAACCACUGGACCUAGAUCACCUAUUUCGAAUUCUAGAAUUAUGGCCGGCGAAGGCGAUCAUGUAACGGUUAACAUGGAAAACGGCAGAACUUACAAAAUGGCAAACGACACGUCUAGAGAUAGUGAUUCAUUGAUACAAGACUACUACGAUUAUCACAGCGAAGAGAACUUCGGCAGAUCAUGUUUGAAGCACCCAAAAGUAAAAGAAAAUUGGAGGAUGGUAUUAGCAGCUGCGACUUUGUUAAUAAUAGGUAUAGGAUUGCUCGUAACAGGUACCGUCACACUAACAGAACCCAAUUCAGGUUUGCAAGCUUCGGUGUUUUUACUAGCAGGAUUUAUUUGCUUUUUACCAGGGGCAUAUCAUAUUGUUUAUAUAUAUUUAGCUGCUAAAGGGAAACGAGGAUAUCACUUUCAUAAUUUACCUUUGUUUACGUAAGCAAUAAUACACCCUUUCAUAAUUUUAAGGGGGUAAAACAUCCGUUUGUUAUUGCUAGGUUAGAUCUUAGCACCUAUUACAAAAUAAUGAAAUUUUUUUGUAAGAUUGAAUGUUACCAGAAUGAAGUAUCGCAAAAGAAAAUUAUUUGUCACCAAAUUGAUAUUUUGAGACUUUUUUGUUAUUUGAUGUGUAUACAUUUUACACAAUAAAAUAUUUGUAUAAAAUGAGUGAAAUGGGGUCUGAGAUAAUAUUUUUACCCACCUUUGACUUGGAGUAAUUAAAAAAAUGAAAAAAGUUCCGUGGUUUGAAUUUCAUUUUAAUAUGUGGUAGAUAAUUAGAUUCUUUACAAAAUAAAAAAAUAUUUAUGAUAUUAAGAUUAGGUUCUUAUUUUUCUUAUUUAACUUUCAAUGUGAUUUUUCCUGCAAUGAAAUUGAUAUAUGAACAAUUAUGUUUGAAUUUAUAAUAAAAAACUUCAAAUUAAUGAUAAAAUGAUCAAUCGAGUUUCUAAUGAUAAUUUCAUAUAUUUUGGUAUCGAUAUAGGUUUUAGACAAUAUUCACUUGACAAUGACAAUCCAAAAAUUAUAUUACAAACAUGCUGUACAUACAUUUUACUUCAUCUGAUAUGAUCUAGCAAUUCACACAAAAUGCUUAGUACCUUUCUUCUUCUCAACUAUUCCUUCAGUUUGUUUCUACUUCUCUUCAUUCCUUUGCUACUUCUCUUCAUUCAUUCAUCUUUUUCCUGGGUUUACAUAUCUCCAUUACUUGAUUGAAAAUUUUCUUUUUAGACCUCAGACAAGGAACUUAAAGGUUGAUUUUCAUUUUUCGAAAUGAUCAUUUCAUCUAGAUAAAAGUAUGUUUAAAAGUGCAACAAUUACAUCAAAAUUUUUACAAAUUUAUUAGUUUCAGUGUUCAGAGAAUAAUGUACUUAGAAUGGAAACUGUAUCUUUGGGGGUAUCUGUGGUUAUUUAAAAAUGGUUGUAAAUAUGAAAAAUCAAGUAUAUUAUCCAAAAAAUUGUAACUUGGCUUUAUACAUCCAAAUUGCUUAAUUUUUUCCAAACACUUUCAUAAUUUAUACACAAAAUUCUUUGAAUAUUUGCUUAGAUAGUGUGAUUUUGUACGUCUGCAAUUUUAUUAUACAGUAUGGAAACCUCUUGUUGGAAACAACUAUUUUUAUUAAUAUUAUCAAAGAUUCUAAUAGGCUACUUCAAAUUAAACAUUGUGUAGCUUACAGUUAACUGUACAGUACCUUAGGAGCGCUGAUUAAGAAGGAUCCAGGGAAUCUGAUUGGGUCACCUAUCUACAAAGAUAGAAAGCAGUGGCAACCUGUAGAUCAAAUAAAAAAAAUGAUGGAUACAAGCUUAUCAUUUGAAGUAGUUUACAAUAACUGCCAAUUAUGGGUCGAUAAAGACCUUCCGUAAGCUUGAAAAGCAUCUCAUCCAGUAUACAGGUGAUUCGAAGCUAGUGCAAGGAGCUGCAUUGGGCAUUUUUGGGCCAAACUAAUGCCAUUAAGAAAAGCACUCGCUGUUUUCAGUCAGAUUUGCUAAUAAUUAAGCUCUGAAGGCUAUUAAGUGUGCCAAAAAGGGGCAACAACUCCAUAUUUUGAACCAGAGCUCUGCUUUGGUCCCAUAAAAUGUCACGUGGCAAACUCCUGCUUAUUAUUUAAUAAUUCUUCAACAUUUUUCACAUUUUCAUCUACAAAUAUAUGCCUUUUGAGGGUAUUGAGUGUCUUAUACAAUGGGGAUUCUCCACCGGUUAAUAUCGGUUUACUUUCCUAUUCAAUGUGAUUGUUGAUAGUCCAGUUUAUUCAAUCUUUAGCAGAAUUAUAAUUUUCUAAAAAAGUUACAAACAAUUUUAUUUCUGGGUUUCGCACUGUAUAUAUAAGAAACGAUUUUUUAAUUAGAAUUAGGGGAUAAAUUACUCGAAUAGUUAGGGGUUUUUAAAAUUUUUAGUAGUGCAUGUAUUUUCAGAUAGUUAUGAAAAUAUUGUUAUAAAAGUAUCGAUUUAAAGAUUAUUUGUGAUCAAUAAUAAUUACAGAAGCUUAUUGGGGAUUAAAUUUCAGUUUCGAUACUCAAAAGUUUGUUCGGUAUUAAAUAUUGCCAUUGUUUAACAAUAUUUUCAGUAAUUUUGGUAUGAAAAAUUAUUUAAUGAAACUAUUGUAGUAAUUGGGGGGUGAAACUGAAACUUCUUGAUUAUUUUUUUGCAAAAAAUAUUCCAAUGGAGUUUUCGAAUCACCAAAUUUAUUAUUGUUCUGGUGCGAAUGGAUUUUUGUUUUUUAUUUUUUUUUUAAGUUUUGCACGUUUUUAUGAUUGUUUUUUUUACAAAUUAUUGAAAAUAGUUUAAAGCAGAUAUAUAUGUGCCAUUUAUUUAUUAGAAUAUGUUCCAACACAUAAAAGUGGAACUUAAAAAAAUUGAUUAUUUUAAAAUUUUUCCAAAAUAUUCUGUUUUUUGUGGCUAAUUUCAUUUAGUAUUCCAAUAAUCCAAGAUCUAAGAAAGUUUAUCUACUUAAAUUUCGAUUUUCUUAUAACUUCACGAAUUAUAACCUAAAAAAUAUAUUAAUUUUCAUUCACACACUUUUGCAGCAUAUAAAGGGUAAAAUGACACGAUCUUGAUGGCCAAUUGACAGAAUUAAAACUCGAAAUUAUUUUUUUAAUUAAUUUCAUCCUGUUCGAACAAAUUUGAUAGCUUUGUUCGUAGGUUAAAUUCCGAAUUAGUUAUGACGUGUAUAUUAUAAAAUGGCAAUUUCAUCACAAACUUCAACUGUCAUUAAAAAAACAGUGUUGCCAAUUCAAACACGUUAAUUUCCCCAACUUUCCAAUUUAUCUAUGUCUAAAUAGUAAUUGUUCAUUCUGAAUUUUUUUUUGAAACACAUUUGAAAGUGGAUUUUGAAAUUUUUACGUGGUGCAAUAAAUGGAACUCUCCUAAUUUAUUAAUCGAUAUAGAAUUAUACGGACCGACUGCUUAAAAAUAAUAUACAUAUAGUGUCGACUGGAUUUGUUGUGAAAUUUUAUUUAUUUUUUAUAUAAGUUAUGCAAUAAAAGGUUGAUUUUUGGAAAGCUUUAAAUUUUUUUAGGUAAGCUAAAAUAUAAAUAUGUACUUUUAUAUUGUAUAUUCAAAAAAUAAAUACAAUUUAGAUUCUGUGUGCUGUUUUAUUUCGUUAGUCCAACCAAAUGAUGAAUCUAAAUAAAUUAGUGUUUAGUUA